AAUGUACCAAGGUUAUCAUGCUCAAAAUGAGUUUUAUACAGAAUUUGUAAAAGUUCACAGCAAGAUAUACAUUAUUAUUUUUGUUUCGCGCAGAAAUUACAUCGAGAUUUUGCGAAGAAAACAAAAAGCAAGGGUAGAAAAUGAAGAGUUCUUCCUUAUUUCCAUUAUUAUUUAUUGUUUUCACGCACGUGCUAGCAACGUGGCCAAUCAUUAACAUUCGAAGAAGAUUUAAAAUCGAAACAGACGAACGAAACAUCAAAAAACUUAUUGAAGCAUUAGAAGACGAUUUUACCCAUACCUGGAUGUACCAAGAUCUUUACAGCACACCUGAUCAACUUGGCGUGACAGAAGAACGCGUGGAAAAAGCGCUCUCUAAUGUGGGAAACGAACAGCGCCUAAAUAACUUACUAUUAAGAGCUUUACAAGGAGAAGAAGUGAAGCUAGUUAUAAUAGGAGGCUCGAUAUCGAAAGGGGCGCCGUUCUCUGAAGAAGGAAAGGGGAACAUGGUGUAUUUUAACGCAAUCGAAGAUUGGUGGAACAAAGUGAUUGGUUCAGUUACACAAUCCAGCAUGUCUUCUGACAGCAUCGCAAUUGGUGGGGUAGGAACGGAUUAUUUUUCGUACUGUCUUCAUACACACCUGGAAGAAGACAACAAAGCGAAACUUAUACUAUGGGAGCUUUCAGCUAACGACAGAGGGAGGUACGACAGCGCGCCCUUUCCACCAGGACAACCGUUGGAACAAUUUACACGAAAUGUGUUAACGCGAGUAUCCAAGCCUACGCUGAUGUACAUACAUUUCUUUCGAGGUCAGGACUACAUGGGAGGGCAAUGCAAGAAUUGCGAAGACGAAGGUGGCGACACGAUCGCAAGUCAUUACAAUAUCACGUCGUUAAGUUGGAGAAAUUUCGUUCGCGACAGCAUGGUGGCUAAAGAACCUCUCUUCCUUGAAAAAAGUAUAUUCGCUGAUGAUAAACUUCAUCCUAGUAUAUUAGGGCACGCACAGAUGGCAUACUUGAUCAUAAACCAUUUGAAAAAAACAUUUUUAAAAUUUCUUAAGCAGAGUGCGUUGGAUAUUACGCGGAAAUCAAAACAAGGAGUGGUCAAUGAGGAUGACAUCGACCUGCCUGAUAUCAUGUAUCAAGACACAUCAGCAGGAAAACCACUUUGUUUUACCUACUUCAAAUAUAAUUCGAACGAACCAAAGGAAAGUUUAUUAGUAGAAUAUAAAAAACAAGAUGGCUACCGAUUUAACAUCUUUAAACAAUUUAAAAUACGGGAAGAUAAAUUAGGCGGAAUGCAAACCAAGCUGGCACAGAAAGAACUUCAAGUUGCAUUUGAUCUACCAACAAACUAUUCAAAGCUUGCAAUUAUUACACAUGGCGGUACAGGAGGGGCGCAAAUAUCGCUAGAUCGUUUUACGCCAGUAUUGGUAGAAACAGAUAACUACACCAUGGGGACUAAGCUCCAGGUGAUUAGAAAAGACUUGAAAACAGGAAAGCAUGUUUUGAAUGUGAAGUCGAUGAACAAUGGGUUUGCAUUGUGUGGAAUUGCUGUGAUAUGAUAGGAAAAUAUGAGAG